UGAGAUUUGGCUGAGAUCUGAAAUAUAUAUACAUACAUACAUAUAUAUAUAUAUAUAAGACAGAAAAACAUGUUCAAGUCAUGGAGCAAGAAGAAAACGGUCAAAGCUGUAUUCAAAAUGGAGUUUCAGGCAACUCAGGUGCCAAAGCUGAAAAAAUCUACAUUGGUGAUAUCUUUGGUGCCGGAGGAUGUUGGAAAGCCAACGGUGAGACUAGAGAGAGCAGCAGUUCAGGAUGGAACCUGUUAUUGGGAGAAUCCUAUAUAUGAGAAAGUGAAAUUCAUCAAGGAUCCCAAAACAGGGAAUCUCAACGAGAAGAUCUACCAUUUCAUUGUUUCAACUGGAUCAUCGAAAUCUGGUUAUCUCGGAGAAGCUUCAAUUGAUUUUACAGAUUUUGCCGCAGAAGCCAAGCCGUCCGCUGUUUCUCUGCCCCUCAAGUUUGCCAACUCUGGCGCCGUCCUACAUGUAACAAUUCAGAAGAUGGAGGAAGCUACUGAUCAAAAUGAAGAAUAUAGAGCUCCAUCGCUUUCCCAUGACAAAGACCUGAAGAACCAACCGGGCAAUUGCAGUACGGAUGAAAACUUGUACAUUGCUGUACAGGAUAGGCAUCGGAAUGGAACCAUGUCUCAAAUAUCUGAACAAAAUGGCAUCUCCAGAGCAUCUACUGGUUCUAGUGCUACAUUAGCAUCAUGCUGGAAUACCAGCUCUAUACAAAGUACUCAACAAGAUCCUGGAUUGAGAAGUAAUAGCAUCCAUUACGAACCUACCAGCUUGCGCACACAUAUCAGACGGAACUCCAUGCCUCAGAAGGGAAUUCUUGAUUCCAUAAUCACAAAAAAUCGUGUGCAUCGGAGGUCAAACACUGAUUGCUCAAUGGAUUCAGCUUCAUACGGAAGUUUAGUUGACUCAAUAAACAGCCCCGAGGACAACCUUCCAGGAGAAAAGUUGCAAGAGGCAUCAGAUGAUUCCCUCAAAAAACUCAAAAAUGAAAUUGCUGCUCUGAUGAGGCAAGCAGAAGUAUCGGAAAUGGAACUAGAGUCACUUCGGAGACAAAUUGUGAAAGAGAGGAAACAAGGAGACACCCUAUCGAGAAAUGUUUUUAGCCUCAAAGAGGAGAAAGAUGCACUCAAAAUAGAAUGUGAACAACUCAAGUCACAACUUAAACGUAUUAACGAGGCAGAAGCUCCAAAAACAUUGCAGUCUGAGAUUACAGGUGCAAGAGUUCAAUUAGAAGCAACGAGGCAAGAGCUUAAUUAUGAAAAGAAUAUAAAUAAGGAUCUUCAGUUACAGCUGCAGAAGACACAAGACUCAAACACGGAUUUAAUUCAUGCAGUAAGAGAUCUUGAAGAAAUGCUGGAGAGAAAAAAUAGGGAAAUAACUGAUCUUUCCACCUCCAAAAUGAAUGGGGAUAAAAAUUCAACACUGGAAGAAUUGGCUAAAGAGCAUGAUAAUUCGGAGGAAGUAGAUUUGUUGAAGCAGAAUAUUAGAGACCUGAAUGGGGAAAUAGAAUUCUACAAGAAACACAAGGAAGAGCUAGAUAUGCAUAUGAAACAGCUAGUCUUGGACUAUGAGCUUUUGAAGCAGGAAAACCAUGAUAUCUCAUUGAAGUUGGAGAAGAACCAGGAACAAGAACAAAUGACACAAAAUGCAUAUUUAGCGGCUAUGGAAACAAUAAAAGGACUUGAAUCUCAGAUAGAGAGAUUAGAAGGAAAAUUCAAGAAGCAGACUGAGGAAUUCUCAGAAUCUUUGCUCUCCAUAAAUGAACUUGAAAUCCAGGUUCAGAAUUUAGAAACAGAACUGGAGAAGCAGGCAGAGGAAUUUGAAGAAAAUCUCAAUGCCAUGACAUGUGCCAAAACUGAGCAGGAACAGAGAGCCAUCCGAGCAGAGGAGGGCUUGAGGAAGACCAGGUGGAACAAUGCUGCUACGGCUGAGCGUCUCCAGGAGGAGUUUAGAAGGCUUUCAGUAGAAAUGGCAUCUAAGUUUGAUGAGCAUGAGAAGCAGGCCACAAAAGCACUGACAGAAGCUAAAGAAUUGCGUCUGCAGAAAAUAAAUUUGGAAGAACUGCUCGAAAAAGCCAAUGAAGAGCUUGGACUAAUCAAACAUCAGAAUGAAGUGAAACAGCAACAGCUUUUGAACCAAAUACAUUUAGAUGAAAAUAAGAUAGAGAAGAUGUCAUUGGAACUAGACCAAAAGUCCAUGCAACUCGAAUAUGCACAAAAGCAUGAUAGGGAAGACCAUGAGGCUUUCUUGAUGGAUAUCCAAAUGCUUAGAGCAGAGGUAGAAAGGCUCACAAAAGAAAAGUAUAACUUCUCUGAGCAGGUGGACAGGGAACAAAUUAAGACAUCUGUUGGUGAAAAGGAGAUGCUCAUGCAAACAUGGAACAAAGAAAGGGGUGAUUUGGAGAAAAAAUUAGGUUCAGCAAAGAAGGAAACAGAAAAAAUACAUGAAGAGCUUAUUGCUAUGAGGUCCUUAAAAGAUGAGAAGGAAGCGAUGAGUAAUGAUCUACAGUCAGAAGUGGAAGACCUUAACGCCCGGCAUAAUGAGUUAAAAGAUGUCUUGGACAAAGAAGAAUUGGAGAAGGAAAACUUAAGGAGGCAAAUAUUUCAAAUUAAAAAUCAGCUACAGAAGGAAGAAGAAAUGACCGGUAAGGAGAAGAAGCUCAUGAACUGCAAUGGACAAUCUGAAGAAAGAGAAAAUGCCCAAGAAAACCCACUGCUUUCUAAAAUGGGUGCUACCGAAGACAAGUCAUUGCAGAAAGAAGAUAUUGUAGUACCACAUGAAAGGAGAGGAGAUAUCCACUCUGAGAAAGAGGUGAAGGUCUCCACUUUCUAUGCUGGGGACAACAACAAUUAUACCAACUUGUUAUCUGAAGUGGCAUUGCUGAAGCAAAGGAACAAAUAUAUGGAAAAAGAGCUGAAAGAAAUGGAAGAGAGAUAUUCAGAGAUAAGUCUCAAGUUUGCAGAGGUUGAAGGUGAAAGGCAACAACUAGUGAUGACUGUACGAAACCUCAAGAAUGGAAAGAAGAAUUAGCUUUCUAUAACAUGAUGGAUAUAAGAGCCAUGGAGCCUCGCAUUAGUGCAGCAGCAAGAUAUGGUUAAACAAUUGAGCACCAAAACCAGGUGUGACCAUUACCUUCAUUGAACUGUGGUCAAGAAAACAAUGUAAAGUUUGUGAAGUAACACUUCCGUAUGC